UGGAGAACUAACUGGCACAAGACAAGUCGGCGACGUGACCAUGAGCGGCGUUGUGCUGGCUUCCGCUGGUUACGACCACACGAUCCGGUUCUGGGAGGCCGCGACCGGUACAUGCACGCGAACGGUCAAAUACCCAGACUCGCAAGUCAACUGCUUGCAGAUCACACCAGACAAAAAGUACAUCGUGGCGGCGGGCAAUCCCCACAUUCGCCUGUUUGAAAUCAAUAGCAACAAUCCAAAUCCAGUGCGGAGCUAUGACGGCCACUCAGGAAACGUGACGUCGAUUGGGUUCCAGAAGCACGGCAAGUGGAUGUACAGCGGGUCCGAGGAUGGCACGAUCAAGAUUUGGGACCUCCGCGCGCAAGGGUGUCAGCGAAACUACGAGUGCUCUGCGCCGGUGAACUCUGUCACAUUGCAUCCAAACCAGGCAGAGCUCAUUUCCGCCGACCAAAACGGAAACAUUCGCGUGUGGGACUUGACGUCCAACACAUGCUCGACCAAGUUCAGUCCUGACAGCGAAAAUGCUGUCCGUACAGUGGAUAUUUCUAAAGAUGCGAGCACCCUCGUUGCCGCCAACAACCAUGGCAUGUGCUUUGUCUACACGCCGAAAAGCUCGCAAAACUACGUGCUGCGCCACUCGUGGUCUGCCCACAACGAGUACAUCUUGAAGGCACGCAUCAGUCCGAACGCUCAGUACCUUGCGACGUGCUCUUCUGACAAGACGGUCAAAAUCUGGAACACAGUCGAUAUGACGCUUCUCCACACGUUGCAGGGCCACCAACGCUGGGUGUGGGACUGCGCAUUCUCUGCUGUGUCGUCGUAUCUCGUGACAGGUACAGUCGUGUGGCAUCUCUGGCAUUUGACGAGCGUUUUCGGCAGCUUCAUCUGACCAUACCGCGCGGCUGUGGGAUCUGAGCACAGGGGACUCGAUUCGCCAGUACAAUGGGCACCACAAGGCUGCCAUUUGUGUCGCAUUGGACGACAGCGUGCCGGAGGUUGUGGAUGCUUCGAGUAAAUAAAGGCCCAAGUAAACUCACACCCCAACGAUCCAUCCAUUUUACUUGAGGUGUUGGAACAGCUUUGAACACAAAUAGACAGCAUCUUCAAAUGUCAGGUUGAUGGUUAGACGGCGUAGGAGGUGCCAAUACCUCCAUUCCCCCUGCCAUGGUUUCCCAUUCCCACUCGCGUGUGACUGCCCUGAAGCGCCACUUCGAUGCUCAGAGCUGAAUCGUGAUGCCGGACGCUUCCUUCUACGACUUGACUUGAGCGCCGACCACGUCUCUCCGAGCAGG